AUGCCAGAGAAUGCUGAUGGAAAUGUUUCUCUGAAAAAAGUGAUGAGUGAUGUGAAAGCAGUUACAGGAGAAAAAGUUAACAUCAAAGAUCUGAAAAAUAUUCUGGAAGACAUUGGGAUAGAAUUCACACCUAAACAAUACCUGGAACUGGUGAAAAAUCUUCAAGUUGACGAUGAUGGAAACAUAUAUGAAAACAGAUUGCUAGACGGUUUGAAAUCUUUCAAUGGUGGGAAGGUUGAUGUCAGUAACCUGGAAAACAUUUUAGAAAACAUGAAAAUCAAGCUCCCAGAUAAGAAACUUAAAGAUUUAUCACAAAACCUACCAACUGAUGCUUCCGGGAUGGCUGACCUGCAUACACUGCUAAAAGAAAUAAAGAAAUUCACAGGAGGAAAAGUUGAAGCCAAGGAUAUACACAAAGCACUGGGAAACAUGGGAAUAGAACUCACAGAUAGAGAGCUCUGGGGGCUGUUGAAAACAUUGCCGAUUACUGCUGAUGGAAAGGUAGAGAAAAAUACACUGCUCGAUUAUAUAAAAGCUUUUCCUGGUGGAAAGUGCUACACCCCUAAAAUGCAAAGCAUCCUGGAAAACUUGGGUUACGAGCUGGAGGAUGAGGAAGUUGAGGACCUGCAGAAUCGUCUGCCAACUGAUGAUAUAAAGGUUAAGCUGAAUAUGCUCAUGGAAAAUUUAGAGCCAUUCAGAGGAAUCAAGAUUAAUGUUGAUGAAGUAGAUGACGUUUUGAAAAACAUAGGGAUAGAACUCACACCUAAGGAACGCUGGAGGCUGCUAAAAACCCUGCCAAUUACUUUUGAUGGAAAGGUGUAUCAUGUUCGGUUGCUAGAAGGUGUAAAGACUUUCCAAGGAGGGAAAAUUUUAGAAAAUAAACUAGAAACCAUUCUGGAAAACUUGAACUAUGACCUUGAAAAUGAAGAAAUCAAAGAUCUACGGAAUCAUUUGAAAAUUGAUAAUAAUGGAAGGAUUUCACUGAACUCCUUUAUGAGGACAGCAAAUUUAUUUUCUGGUGAUAAAAUUAAUGCCAGUGACACACAACUUUAUCUGAAAAAUGUAGGUAUUGAGUUAACAAAUAAAGAAAGCCAGGAUCUACUGAACAUACUGCCAUUGGAUGAUAACAAUAAGGUGUAUAAAAAAAGGUUGAUGGAUGGAGUGAAGAGAUACAGAGGAGGAAAGGUUAAUGUCAAUAAAAUAGAUGAUGCUCUUGAAAAUAUGGAAUUCCCACUUGAAGAGGAAGAAAUUGAGAAAUUGUGCAAUCACCUGCCAGUUGAUGAUGAAAGGAGGAUUAAACUGGAUAAACUUCUGGAUGAAGUACAUGAACUUCUAGGGGAAGAAAUUCACUAUGAAGACCUGAAAAAUAUUCUGAAAAACAUUGGGUUAAGACUCAGACUGAGGGAGAACUCUGUGUUGAUGAAAAGUUUGCCACUUGAUGCUGCUGGAAAGUUGUAUAAGCAUAAGUUGCUGGAUGGCAUAAGGUCUCUCAAAGGAGUGGAGCUUAAUGUUAAUCAGUUAGGACUCUUCAUGAAAAAUAUGAGCUUUGACCUGGAAGAAGAGGAGUACUUGGACCUGCUCAGCAACCUGCCUGCUGAUGAUGAGGGGAAGAUUGAAGUGAAUGUGGUAAUGGAUGAAGGAAACAUUUUUACAGGUGAGAAGGUCGAUACUAGUAACCUGGAAAUUUUACUGGAAAAUAUGGGGAUAACACUCACAGAAGAUGAAGGCCUGAAACUACAGAACAAGCUUCCAGUUGAUGCCAAAGGAAGGGUGUACAUGAACAGAUUGAUGAAAGAGUUACAGUCUCUCAAAGGGAUGAAGGUGUCUCUAAAUAAGGUGGACACUUUCCUGAAAAACAUGGGAAUUGAUCUCAAGAAGAAAAAAAUCCAGGAACUGAAGGACCUCCUACCAACUGAUGGUAAUGGGAAGAUUGAUGUAAAUGUACUGAUGGAUGAAGUUAAAAAUAUUACAGGAGAGAAGAUUCCUACUGAGGACCUGAAAAAUGUUCUGAAAAACAUGGGAAUAGAGAUCACAAAUAAGGAAAAUAAAAAGUUUCUGAAAACCCUGCCAGUUUCUGCUGAUAAAAAGGUGUUUGAGAAAGAAUUACUAGAGGGUGUGAAGUCCUUCAAAGGAGGAAGAGUCAAUGUUGGUAACAUAAAAAAUGUUCUACAAAGUAUUGGGUUCAGACAUGAAGAAAAAGAAAUCCAGGACCUGAAAACCCACCUACCAGUUAUUGAAGAUGAAAAGGUGGAGUUGGCUGUGUUGAUGGAAGCAGCCAGUGCCUUUACAGGAGAAAAGGCGGAAGCCAAUGACUUAAAAAAUGUACUGGGAAACAUGGGAAUUGAGAUCACUGAAACAGAGCAGUUGAUGCUGUCAAAAACUCUGCCAAUCUCUGGAGAUGGAAAGGUGUACAAGAAAAGAUUACUGAAUAGUGUGAAACUUCUCAAAGGAAAGAAAGUCAGUAUCAGUAACCUGGACCCCCUUAUAAAGAACAUGGGAAUUCAGCUUGAGAAAGAGGACCAUCAGGACUUACUGAAACACCUGCCGACUGAUAAGAAUAAAAUGGUUGAUUUGAAUGUGGUGAUGGACGACGCAAAAGCUUUUGUAGGAGAGAAGGUUAACGUGGGUAAUCUGAACAAUGUGCUGAGGCAAAUGGGACUAGUACUGACCGAUGAGGAGAAUAAGGAACUGUUGAAAACUCUGCCCAUUCAUGCUGAUGGAAGAGUAUAUAAGAAGAGAUUGCUCAAAGGUGUGAAAGCACUCAAUGGACCAAGGGUCAAACUCAAAAAAGUGAAAUCCCUUGUGGAAGACAUGGGAAUUAGACUCAAUGAUGAGGAACUUGAGGAAAUAAUGACUGAUAUGUCAACUGAUGAUGAUAGAACAGUUGGUCUGAAUGAUUUGAUGAAUGCUGUGAGUUGCAUAAAGGGAGAGGUGAUUGAUAUCCAGGACAUGGACACCUUUCUAGCCAGUGAGGGGAUCGAGCUCACAGAAGACGAUAUGAAGGAGCUGAUGCCUCAUUUGACAGUUAAAGGUGAGAAAAAUUCUCAUCUUCCCAGAACAUUCUUCAACGAGAACGAUUUUGUAAAAAUUGAUGUCUUUGAAAGCCUGAUUGUGUUUCAAAAAGAAUUUAAGAAUAAUUUAAGUUCACAGGAGAAUUCACUAGAAAGAAAUAUCCAUGCCAUUAAAAGGUAUAUACUUGGUGAACAGUUCAGAACCAAAGCACGAAUGAAAAUGAAACAGGGAGCAGGCCAUCCCCCUCGAGUCAACAAAUUUGCAAAACCUGUUCACUUCUUUUCACCCUGA